ACGCCCAUAAUUUAAUUAGAUAUCGAGAUGAUAAUUAGAUUCUAUCUUUUCGUUUCACUUCUACAAGCGGCGUUUUCUUAUCAAACGUAUCCUAACCCCGACUGGUUAGUAUCAACAAUUAGCCACUCAGCUAAUGUUUCAACAACUUCCCGAGGAAACUUAAUAAUUCAAAAUUCUCUAAUAACUAGAGAGUUUUCAAUUAAACCUGAUUUUACUACUGUUGAUUAUUACUCAUUCGAUAAGGAGGCAUCAAUCCUUCGGGCUCUGGGACCUGAGGCUGUUAUUUCACUAGAUGGCAUUACCUAUUUCGUUGGACAUUUAAAUACUUCAACAAUUACUCGAGGCUAUUUGAAUCGGACUGAAUUGAGGGAAAAAGCAACCUAUGAUGUAAAAGCAUUUCAUUUUUCUGCUUAUAGAAUUACAAAACCCGAGGAACCCUUCCCUUAUAAGCCGAAAAGAGGAGCUCCAGAAGAUAUAGUGUGGCCUCCAGCAGGCGUAAGAUUAGAAGUUGAUUUUAAAGCUCCUAAUUCCGCGCCAGAUCCUCACAAAGGAGUAUUGAUAACUAUAUCAUAUGAAUUAUACGAUGGGGUUCCAAUUUUAUCAAAGAAGAUGAGAGCUAAAACUUUAUCCGAGGAGGCGGAGAGCGUAAACUUUUCUUUACUCUCGCUCGAAUUCCUAGCUGUUAAUUCACCAUGGGCUUCGAGGAAUUGGCACGUUGAUACUCAAUACGGCAGAAACGGUUACGGGUGGAUGCAUGUUGAAACUGAUUGGGCUCACGGAACACAAGUUGUGUGGUCUGAUGAUCCAUCACAACCAUCCAUGCCUGGAUCUUUCAUGCCUACUUUAAACGUAUCUUUUUCGCCACCGGCCUUCGCAUUAAAGCUUGAUAAAGAAGGCUUUGAAUCCUUCUCGGUUCGCCAAUUAGUACACGCGUCAGACGACGAUGAACGUAUUGGCCUAUCGAAGAGAAGAAUGCUCCGUCUUCUUGCUCCCCAUACUCAAGAGAAUCCCAUUUUCUUUCAUAUGGUCGACUCCAAAUCUGUGGCGGUUAGAUCUCUUAUUGAUCAAAUGGCUGAAGUUGGUUUUGAAAUGUUACUAUAUAGCUUUGGAUCCGGAUUUGAUCUUGAAUCGGAAGAUCCUGCUUAUAUUAAGAGCAUAGCGGAAGAUAUCGCUUACGCACAUGCUAAGGGUAUUGAAGUGGGCGGUUACGACCUAAUAGCAUUAUCUAGAAGAACCAUUCCUAAAUAUAUGGCACUCGAUGAAACGGGUAAUUCGACCGAUAGUACGUGUUUUGCAUCCGAAUGGUAUGAUGUCCUUUUAGAAAAGAUGAUAUCAUUUAUGGACAAAACGGGAUUGAGCGCAGUAGAAACAGACGGUCCUUAUGGUGGUUAUUCAUGCUCUUCCAAAAAUCAUAAAUAUCAUAGAAAUAAUCAAGACUCAGUAUAUAGACAGCAGAAAAAGCAGGGAGAAAUGUAUAGGCUUCUUAGAAGACGAACUGUUUACAUUAACCAACCAGACAAUUACUUUUAUGAUGGCGGUUCUAAAACGGGUAUGGGCUAUAAUGAAAACCAGUAUUCCCUUCCAAGGUGGCAGGACAUAUCUAUAAGUAGACAGACAGUUUUUGAUAAUACUUUCCUUAAGACACCUACAGUCGGUUGGAUGCAUGUGCCCUUAGUUCAAUAUCAUGGCGGUGGUGCUGCUGCUAUUUUCGAACCUUUGACACAGCAUUCUUUAGAAUAUAAGUGGGCGUUAGAACAAUAUCUUGGUGCUGGAGUUGCGGCUUGUUACAGGGGAUAUAGGCUAUUCGAUUCUAACACUACCAAACGAAUUGUCAAGGAAACAGUAGACUUUUACAAAACAUAUAGACAACUAUUAAUUAGCGACAUUAUUCACGUGCGGAGACCGGAUAUGCAAAGCAUAGACGCUUACUUGCAUGUCAAUCCUAAACUAAAGGAUAAAGCCCUUCUUAUGGCGUUUAACCCUACGGAAUCAAGAUUAAGAACUACUAUGACAAUUCCAUUGUAUUAUACAGGUUUAACCAAAAGCUGUAUCGUAUCAGAAAGAGGAGGAAAAUCAUGUGAAAUUUUCUUGUCUAGAGACUAUACGAUAAGGCUUGAUAUAGAAUUGAACGCCUACUCUAUCACUUGGUACGUCAUCAAUUAA